GCCAAGUCGCAAAGGCUGAUGGGAAACAGCUCGGGAAUGGGGUGAAAAGGUUUAAUUGGGGGCACACGCUAGAUCUUUGGAGCUGAAUUUUCUUUAGACUCAGCCGGCGAGUGGGGGAUGCUGUGCGCGUCUCGUGGGGGAAUUCGUGCUCUUUCCGAGACCUCGAGUGGGAGCCUGGAGAAACUGCCCGGCCGGACACCUCGGCGUGGCUGCGAUUUAGUACCACUAAGAGGCUAAUACCAGGGGGAGGGGUCGCCCUGCUGCCUACGGCUAGCGGCAUUACAAGAGAGACAGGGAGCGGGGUAAAGUAGGCGUUUCCCAUCAGGCCUUGCGGCAACGGCGGCGCGGGCUGCGGGAAUGAGGUAAAAGCGGGAGGGGGCGGGGAGCGGCAAGCAGGAAAUUCAGCGCCAAAGCUGCGGUGGGGGGAGAGAGCGACGCGAACGAGUCUAGUCUAGGAGCAGCGCCACCUCCCAGCCCCAUGGCGGAGACCAAGGAAACUCAUGAGGAACAUGACACCUCAACUGAAAACGCAGAUGAUUCUAACCAUGAUCCUCAAUUUGAGCCCAUAGUUUCCCUUCCUGAACAAGAGAUCAAGACCCUUGAGGAGGAUGAGGAAGAACUCUUUAAGAUGCGAGCAAAGCUGUUUCGAUUUGCAUCAGAAAAUGAUCUUCCAGAGUGGAAAGAACGAGGAACCGGGGAUGUGAAACUCCUGAAGCACAGGGAGAAGGGAACAAUUCGCCUUCUCAUGAGGAGAGAUAAAACCCUAAAAAUCUGUGCAAAUCAUUAUAUUACACCUUUAAUGGAGCUGAAGCCUAAUGCUGGAAGUGACAGGGCAUGGGUUUGGAACACACAUGCUGACUUUGCAGAUGAAAGCCCUAAACCUGAACUUUUGGCAAUCCGGUUCCUAAAUGCAGAAAAUGCACAGAAAUUCAAAGCAAAAUUUGAAGAAUGCAGGAAUGAGGUAGACAAGGGAGCAAAGAAGGGAGGGGGAAGGAGUGAGUCUACAUUCAUUUGGCAUGCAGGCAAAGAGAAAAAUGAUAGUGCUGACAAAGUUGCUGAGAAAUUAGAAGAGCUUUCUGUUAAGGAAGAGAGUAAAAAAUCUGAGAAGAAAGAAGAGACCAAGGAAAAAAUUGAAGAGAAGCAAUAAAUCAUCUUGGGCCUUGUGUUUUUUCCUUAAUUUUUUUUUUAAUUUUUACAAGGGACUUUAUAAAGAACUGAAUUCCAACAUUCAGAUUGUUUUUUCUAAGCUUUUGCCCUUUUGAAGAUGUCUUCAGAAAAUCCAUUCCCCAGUCAUGAAAAUGUACUGUGCUAACUUUCUUUUCCAUAGUGGAAACACUUAUUUAUAGUCAUCCAAAAGAGUGAAUAAAACAAAUUUGAAAACAGCAUCAAAGGACAGAACUGAGUUUUCUGUACACUUCAAACACUUGUGACUAUAAUUCUUGCACUUGGUGUUUACAUAUUUGAGGGUGCGUAUCUUCAUAUAAGUGAUGUAAUCAGAUUAGAUUAAGUGCAUUUUAAUCCUUCCUGUUGGUAAAAUUAUGCAGACAUUUCUUGUAUGUUAAGUUAAAUUAGUAGACUUAAGCAGGCCUCUUACACCAGUUUUGGUUGUUUUUGUUUGCUAAUUGAGGAUUGUUCCUGCUUGACAGGGUACCUACAGUUUUCUUUAGCAGACCACUAUAUCUAUUGCUUCCUAGAAGGCUAUAGUGCCAGAGAAUUCUGGAUGGUAGAAUUUUUUAUUCUCCUGGCACAACUCCACUGGUAUGAUGGCCACUUAUGGCAGACAGUAGUGGAAAAAGAUAUCCUUUGAACUAGCAUUGGAUGUAAUUUAAUACAGUCUCAUGUAGGUUUUCAUUACAAAAGAUAAGUAGGAAGCUACUUUUUAAAAGUCUUAAUGACUUUCAAAAGCUCUUUUAACCAUGCUAAAGGAUCAAGAGUGCUGUUUGUGUUAGAAAACAACUUAUAAAACCUACUUAUAUAUUGUAGAUAGGACAAUAGAUCACUCAUGAUGUGCCAUUCACUGACUCUUAAGGAAGUACAUUUUUUUUUUUUAUAUCUACUUAAUGUUAGGGAUGAAUCUAACCUCGUUAGACAACAUGCCAUGGAGCUGUGUGCUCCACCACCACAAUGUGAGUGGCGUAAGAGGGUCCCCUACUCCUGCCCAUCCAGGACAGAAAGUGACUCAUUGAGACAAGCAGAUGGCAGGACCCAGCUGGACAUCCCUGGAGAAGCCCAUAGCAGAGUGAACCAGGGGUUCUCACCCUCCCUUUCAUUCCUGCAGGGCUAUGGCUUUCUGGCUGAGUGCAGGGCAGCAAACAAGGGAAUGCUCAGGAAGACUGCAGUGGUCAGUGAUGCAUGGAAAGCAGCAGGCUAUGGGUGGGGUUGCAUGUACUCUCUCUUGCCCCAAACCUCCCUGUAUGCUCUCCCUAGCCUGGACACCUGGAGCCCCUUGCCCCAACUGUCACACCCCAGAUAACCUCCUCCCACAGUUUGAAAUACAAUGGUGUAAGCAAUACACUCCAACAGUCACUUUCUAAAUUUGGCACUGAUGUGUUCAGAACUUGCAAUCACUUUACCAGAAUUUGUGGAGUUAUAAAAUACUUGCAUUUUAGAAAAGUAUGAGGAGGUCUUAAUACUACUACAAAAAUAUUAAACCUAUAAUUUGAAUAUGCAAGAUGGAAUAUAAUGUUAAUAUGCUCUUUAAAUGGGAAUAAGUAUUAUGGUUGAAGCUGCUCCCUUAACAGUGGUUAUUAGCAAUAGAUCUACUUAGUUUCUAACUACUGCUAGAGUUUUGGAAGACUUAAACCAGGGUAGAAAACCAACAAAAAGCCUUUUCAUUCAGUAAAUGUCUUGUUUUUGUUUUUUUGAUAGACAAAUUUCCUUGUAUAAAGAUUAACACAACUAUCAGUAAAACAAUUAUUUAAAAGUAAACUCAAUCUAGCCUUUCUAAACUGUCAAGGUGUGAUGACCAAUAAUAUCUAAAAGAGGGAACCGAAUUUUGGUAAAGAGGGUCUAAAAGCCUGCUGACUUCCCUCUACAUAGAUUCUUCCAUUUAUUAAAUUUAAAUUCUCCAAGACCAACUACAUGGAAAAUGAGCAUUAAAUAUGCUUUAAAUUUAUGUAAAUUGAUCAAAUCUGGAACUAUAAAGAAGGUACUCCAUUUUAUAUUAAAGGGAAAAAAUAAACUUUUGACAUGAGCAAAGUUCAUUUCUCUUCCUCUGUUACUAGCACAGCAGAUUUUCACAAGUACUAUCUGGUGUGAGAUUUGCCCCUUCCAAACACCAGAUACAUAAAUCAAAUGUUUUAGAAUUAUAAAGAUCCUAGGGAAUAAAACAAAUACCUCAGCUGUCUCCUCCGUAAGGGAUCUCAGCAGCAUGAUGUGUUUGAUAUUUGUGUUUUUGAUUUAAGAUAGUAUUGUAUGUUUCCAAAUACUUAAUUUUACUGCCAUCUCAAUGUAAAAGCCAAAAUGUUAUGUAUUCAUGAAAGCCACUGUAGAUUUAAAUGGAAGCUGACAAGCAAUGUUUUUAAAUUUGUUAAAGGGGAGGUGAAGUUUACAAAUCUAAUUUCAAAAUAAACUAUACAUUAAAUUUUUUCAUUUAAAAGAUUUGCUUUUUUUAUUAAAAAAAAAAAAACAAAAAAACUGUGUUUUGGAAAUGCAGACACAAUAGAUUAUGCUACUGCAUAAGAAGCAGAAAACGGGCCAUUCUAGUUCUGCUGUUGAGCCUGACUGCAAAAAAUUAAUACUCAUGUAUACUUCAUUUUUUUUUAACCUGUUAAUCCCAGGUAUUGUUACAAUUGAAAUAAAUUGUCAUUACUUCAUUGUAUGAUUUUUAGUCACUCA